AUGCCUACGAGCCGUAGUAGGGAGAUCUGCGCUGGCCAUCAUCCCUCGCGCCGAUCGCGGCAUGGCUGUCGAAACUGCAAGCUCAGGAAGCUCAAGUGCGACGAAGGAAAACCCCAGUGCAAGAAGUGCUGCUCAUUCGGCGUCUUGUGCAAUUUUAUGCCGCAGCACGGCGACCUGCAGCCUGUUGCUGCUAGCAGGAAGCCUACCUUGGUGGUCCAAUGCAAGGUCCAGCCUCAACCACCAUUCUCCAGUCUCGUUUGGACAUCUGACGAGUCCUACUCUUAUCUUUUGAGUGCGAAAUGCCAGGACUUUGUUACCCGCUAUCUUGGUCGCAGCCUCAUCACCCCGGAUGACCCUGCCAUGGUCCAAGUCAACCACAGGAUGCUGAGACUGGCAUUUACCAAUCCAUUCCUGAUGCACGCGUCUCUUGCCGUGGCCUUUGCACACGAUCGGUACCUAUUGACCUCAUAUCAUGGCACCAGUCCACGCAACGUGCAAGAAUGCUACCACUGGGCUCAAGGUACCGCCCUCUUGCAGGAGCGUUUAAAAGAGCCCAUUCAACCCCAAGACAAGGACGCAGUCUGGGGUACUGCCGCUGCACUCGCCAUGCUCUCCUUUGCCUCUUCCGAUGUGUACACGCCGCAAGACUCUUGGCCACUCCGGUCAUCUGGGCGUUCCGACCUAGACUGGCUGCGGAUGAAUGAGGCAAAGGACUCGCUGUGGCACAUUGUCAACCCGCUCAGGCGGGACAGCUUGUUUAGCGUCUUAUCUGCGACGUAUGCUCAGUUGCAUGCCCCUCUGCCAGACAAGGGCGCGGAUGGCAUACCGCCAGCCUUGGCAGCUCUGUGCUGGCUCACAGGGUCGUCCACCGUGGACACCAAUCCGUAUCUACACGCGACACACGCAGUAGCACAGAUACUGCAACUGCCGGAUAGCGAGGUAACGACGGGCCUGGCACACCCUUUCAUGCGCAGCAUCCGUGGUCCUUUCAAGGAGCUUCUCCUCGCGAGGGACGCUGUCGCGCUCUUGUUGCUGUACCUCUGGUAUCGCAAGGCGAGUCGGACUAUAUGGUGGAUCGCAUUGCGCGCUAGAGUGGAAGCCCCUGCCAUCAGUUCAUAUCUACAGCUACACCACGGAGGCAAUGCCAUGUUGCAAGCGUUUCUCCCCGGAGGCGCUUUUGCCGAUGGCGUGUGA